UGAAAGAUAAAACCAGGAUAGACUCUCUGAUAGAGGAAGAGGGCCUUGGAUGCUGCUAAUAUAGCACUUUGCUUUGCAAUACAUUUGCUCGCCUUCCAUAGCUUGUCUUCAUUGGCUCUCUCUCUCUCUCUCUCUCUUAGCUCUGCUGAACAUAUAGCUCUAUGAACUGUGGUAUUGCUUUACUUCAAUCAGAUAAAAAUUAUUGGUUUCUCUAGAACCCACCUCCUGUAUACCAGAGAGCUUCCCAUGGCUGCUUCUGAUAUGAGGUCCAUCUCCUUCUUUUUUAUAAUUCUUGUGUUUCUAACAACUUCUCUUCCUGUCUCGGCACAUUAUCCAUCUCUUAAAAGGCAAGCUUCAAUCCUGGUUUCUCUCAAACAAGCUUUCGAGUCGUUCGAUCCUUCUCUAAGUAGCUGGAAUGUAUCGAACUACUUGUCCCUUUGUUCUUGGACUGGUGUCCUUUGUGACAGAACGAACAGAUUAGUUGUUUCACUAGACAUAUCAAAUUUCAACAUCUCUGGUUCUCUCUCCCCUGUAAUCACAGAACUUGUUAGCCUUGUUAAUCUUUCAGUCGCUGCAAACAGUUUUUCCGGCUCUUUUCCGCCAGAUGUUCACAAGCUAGGAAGACUUCAGGUCCUCAACAUGUCCACCAACAUGUUCAGUGGAGAUUUGAACUGGGAGUUCUCUCAGUUGAAAGAGCUUGUUGUGCUAGACGCUUAUGAUAACACUUUCAAUGGCUCCCUUCCUUUGGGUGUCACUCAACUUCCCAAGCUGCAACGCUUGGACUUUGGCGGGAAUUUCUUCACUGGGAAAAUACCUCCAAGCUAUGGAGAUAUGAAGCAGCUCAAUUAUCUUUCACUUGCAGGAAAUUCAUUGGGCGGGUUCAUACCAAGGGAACUUGGUAAUCUUACUAAUCUCCAGCAGCUUCUUUUGGGUUAUUACAACGAAUUUGAUGGUGGAAUCCCAUCAGAGUUGGGUAAGCUGAUCAAUCUGUUUCAUCUAGACCUUGCAAGUUGUGGCCUGGAGGGUCCAAUUCCUCCAGAGUUGGGCAAUCUGAUAAACUUAGACACAAUAUUCUUGCAAAUAAAUCAACUCAAUGGUUGGAUCCCUCCUCAACUCGGGAAUCUGAGUAGUCUGAAAACUCUUGAUCUUUCGAAUAAUGCACUAACUGGAGCUAUCCCGGUGGAGUUCUCAGGCCUCCAUGAGCUUACACUCUUGAACUUAUUCAUCAACAAAUUUCAUGGUGAGAUCCCCCGUGCCAUUGCAGAGCUACCCAAGUUAGAAGUCCUAAAAAUGUGGCAGAAUAACUUCACCGGAGCCAUUCCUUCCAAGCUUGGUCAGAACGGUAGACUAAUUGAGCUUGAUUUGUCAAGUAAUAAGCUCACUGGAUUGGUCCCUAAAUCUCUAUGCUUGGGAAGGAAGUUGAAGAUCUUGAUUUUACUACACAAUUUUCUGUUUGGCCCUCUGCCUGAUGAUCUUGGCCAAUGUUACACUCUCCAAAGAGUUCGAAUUGGUCAUAAUUAUUUGACUGGCUUAAUACCAAAUGGAUUUCUUCACUUGCCUGAGCUAUCACUCAUGGAAUUGUACAAUAAUUAUCUUAGUGGGCCACUUCCGCAGGACACAAGCAAGGUAACCUCGAAACUCGUCCAGCUAAAUCUUUCAAAUAAUCGCUUAUCUGGGACUCUUCCUACUUCUAUUGGAAACUUCCCCAGAUUGCAGAUUCUUCUACUAGAUGGAAACCGAUUCACAGGAGAAAUUCCAUUCGACAUGGGUCAGUUGAAAAAUAUCCUAACUUUGGAUCUGAGUAGAAACAACUUUUCAGGCAGAAUCCCUCCUGAGAUUGGUAAUUGCCUCUUGCUGACUUCCUUGGAUUUGAGUCAAAACCAGUUUACAGGCCCAAUCCCUGUUCAAAUUUCACAAAUUCAUAUAUUAAAUUAUCUCAAUGUAUCAUGGAACCACCUUAGCCAGAGCCUCCCUAAGGAAAUUGGGUCGAUGAAGAGCUUAACAUCAGCGGAUUUCUCCCACAAUAACUUCUCUGGUCCAAUACCAGAAACAGGACAAUAUUCAGUAUUCAACUCAACAUCCUUUGCUGGUAACCCUCAGCUCUGUGGUCCUUACUUGAGCCCCUGCAGCUAUUUAUCAAGCUCACCAUUAGAAUCCCACAACCAUAGUGGCAGCAGGCCUCAAGUCCCUGCAAAAUUUAAGCUUAUUUUUGCUUUGGGACUCCUGCUAUGCUCGUUGGUAUUUGCUGUUCUAGCAAUCAUGAAAACCAGAAAGAUGAGGAGGAAUUCAAAUUCCUGGAAGCUCACGGCGUUCCAGAAGCUAGAAUUUGGAAGUCAAGACAUUCUGGAAUGCAUAAAGGAAAACAAUAUUAUAGGAAGAGGUGGAGCUGGGAUUGUGUACGGAGGAACCAUGCCAAAUGGGGAGGAAGUAGCCGUGAAGAAGCUGUUGGGAAUAAGCAAAGGUUCUUCUCAUGACAAUGGCCUCUCUGCAGAAAUACGUACACUGGGGAAAAUCCGUCACAGGAAUAUUGUGCGAUUGCUGGCCUUUUGUUCAAAUAAAGAGACCAACUUGCUUGUAUACGAAUACAUGCCAAAUGGAAGUCUAGGCGAAGUUCUGCAUGGGAAGAGUGGUGGUCAUCUGAAGUGGGAGUCUAGGCUUAAAAUAGCCAUUGAAGCCGCAAAAGGAUUGUGUUAUUUACAUCAUGAUUGUUCGCCUCUGAUAAUCCAUCGGGAUGUCAAAUCCAACAACAUUUUACUUAACUCAGAUUGCGAAGCUCAUGUGGCAGAUUUUGGACUCGCCAAGUUUUUGCAAGACACUGGAACAUCAGAGUGCAUGUCUGCGAUUGCAGGCUCUUAUGGCUAUAUAGCUCCAGAAUACGCGUACACAUUGAAAGUUGAUGAGAAAAGUGAUGUCUACAGCUUCGGGGUGGUACUCCUAGAACUCGUGACGGGAAGGAAACCAGUCGGUAAUUUUGGUGAAGAAGGGUUAGACAUUGUUCAGUGGGCCAAGAUGCAGACUAACUCACGCAAAGAAAGAGUGGAGAAAAUUCUGGACGAACGGCUGGGGGGUGACAUUCCACUAGAUGAAGCAAUGCAGGUGUUCUUCGUCGCAAUGUUAUGUGUUCAAGAGCACAGCGUGGAGCGCCCCACCAUGAGAGAAGUUGUUCAGAUGCUUGCAGAAGCUCAACAACCUAAUACGUUUCGAAUGCAAUGACAUCCCAAUCAUGCAAGAUCUUCGAAGUAUUAAAACUAAAACAUAACAGCAGCAGAUCGACAAGCAGUUUCAGUACACAUAUAACAUGAGUGGAAAUGCUUUUUUUUUUUUUUUUUGGGAUUUUACGUUUGCAUAGGAUUAUGCUUUAUAUUAAUUGUUGGUUCAUGUAGUUAGAGUUGAUCGGCGGGGUGUUGUGGUCAUUUAAGUUCUCCAAGUAAACAUGAACAGUAAGGGGACUGCAAAAAGUGAUGGUAUAUAUGGUUGGCUGAAUUAUUGUGUCAUCA